AUGACCACCGCUGCCCAGAGCCACACUGUCACCUCCUCCGACGGGACUAGUAUCUACGCUACUGCCGUCGGAAACCCCGACCUUCCCUCCCUCGUCUUCAUCCAUGGGUUCAGUCUGAGCUGCAAGGUCUUUGAGCCAUUGUUCAAGGAUUCAAGACUCCUCGAGCGCUUUUACCUCGUCGCCUUCGAUGUGCGAGGCCAUGCACGAAGUGGGAAGCCACUGACCCCAGAAGGUUACGAAACACGUCUGUUCGCGGAUGACUUCAAAGCUGUAUCGGAUCACUUCAAGCUGAAGAAGCCAAUCGUCGUGGGUUGGAGUCUUGGAGGGCUCGUCAUCACCGACAUCUUCGCUCACCUCCCCAUGGAGACGGUGUCCGCCGUGGUCUACCUCAACUCGAUACCCUGGGGCGGAGCAGCCAUCCCUCAAGUCGCCACCGCUGAGACCCUCGCCAUUCUUCCUCAAGUGUUGGGUGCCACCGGAAGCGUUGACGACACCUUUAACGCAAGAGUGAGGUUCAUCGAGACGUGCUUCAACGACCCCUCCGACAACGUCCCGAUCAACCUCAAGUGGGAGUGGCUUGGUACGGGUGUUACGCAGCCUCCAUCGGUUGCGGGCAUGGUCGUCGGUCGGGCGCAGGAUGAGAGCAAGUUGGUCGAAGCAGGCAAAGCAGGAUUGCCGGUGCUCCAUAUUUAUGGAACGAAGGAUAGGGCGAUUAACGGGUCGGCUGUGGAAGGCAUCCUUAGGCAGACCUUCACUGCCCUUGAGGUGCACAAGAUUGAGGGUGGCAGCCACUCCCCCUUCGCCGAUGACGGAUUUGAAGAGACGGUUGUUACGCUCGAGAAGUUUGCAAGCAAGAUUUUUGCAUAA